UCUGGUGUGAGGAGGCAUCUGCCUUUAUGAAGCAGAGAUUUGUUCCUGUUUUGUGACUGUUACUGCCAUAUUUUUUUAAACGUUUUGAUCGCGUCCUGUCACCCGAUGGGCUCGUGCGUAACGGCGGAGCACGUUCCCAGUUUGAACCCCCUUUAACUUUCUCUCCGGGAAACCCCUCGGGACCACGCAGAGGACUUUCCAGGGGCGCACGCGAAGCCAAGGACUGUACGACUUCCAGUCUGCAGUUUCCAAGAGAAGUAGAAGAAAGGAAGCUUUAUUUUCCCCUCCUGGUGUGGGGUUUUGUUUAUAGUGCGCAACGGGGUGCCUUUUUUUUGGGGGGGGUCGUGGGUGACACUUUACAUUUUCUCGGAUACUCUUACUCAGAGAUUUCAAACAUGAGCGAGCAGGUAGGGCUUCAGUGUCUUGCGCGAGGACACCUAAACGGGUCGCCCGCGUGCUGAUGGACUCAUUGACUCCUGCUGGGAUCAAACCUGCAACCUUUUUUAGUCGGAGCCCAGUCCCCUCCAGCCAAUAGACGGCUCUACCACCCCGAGUCCUCCAACUACAACAACCUGUAUCACAUCUACAGUAUGGAUUACUGUACGUUUCACCUCCUGCAAAUCCAUUUUACAACUUUUCCCGGGGAAUGGAUUUAAUUUGGUUGAAACUGUAAUACCCGCACGUCGCUUUUUAUGACUUUCAUCUUUACACGCCUUACCGCCACAUAUUCGUUGGUUUAGUGUUAUUUUUUGACUCGUUUCUGUUAAGAUUUCAGAUACCUUCGUACACUUAAAAAGAGUUGUAGCCUAAAUCUCGCCGGCUCUCAUGGGACUGAGGCAUUCGUCGCGUUGUUUGCUGCUACGGCGGAAGAUGGCGGAGGCGGACAGCUCGGAGCGGCAACAGCCUGUCACGUCCCCCCUCUCUCAGUCAGCCCAGCCCUCCCCACUGCCUAAACCAGUGCCUACUACCCACCAUGUGCCCUGCAUCCCCCAUACGCCUCAUGUAGCGGCCCUGGCCACCUGUCCGGGUCGAGGCAAGAUUGCCAAGUUCAUCAGCCCCGAGGAAAUGACAUCAAGGGACUACUACUUCGACUCGUAUGCCCACUUUGGCAUCCAUGAGGAGAUGCUGAAGGACGAGGUGCGGACGCUGACCUACCGAAACGCCAUGUACCACAACAAGCAUGUGUUCAAGGAUAAAAUCGUCCUGGAUGUUGGUAGUGGCACAGGGAUCCUCUCUAUGUUUGCUGCCAAUGCCGGCGCCAAACACGUGUAUGGGAUUGAAUGUUCAAGUAUAUCUGAAUAUUCAGAGAAGAUCAUCAAGUCAAACCACCUACACAAUGUCAUUACCAUCUUCAAGGGCAAGGUGGAGGAGGUGGAGCUGCCUGUGGAGAAGGUGGACAUUAUCAUCUCAGAGUGGAUGGGCUAUUGCCUCUUCUAUGAGUCCAUGCUCAACACCGUCAUCUUCGCCAGGGACAAGUGGCUGAAACCCGGAGGCCUGAUGUUCCCUGACAGAGCAGCUCUCUACGUGGUAGCCAUUGAAGACAGGCAGUACAAGGACUUCAAGAUUCAUUGGUGGGAAAACGUGUACGGGUUCGACAUGAGCUGCAUUCGCAAUGUGGCCAUCAAAGAGCCUCUGGUGGACGUGGUAGAUCCCAAGCAGGUGGUGACUAAUGCCUGCCUCCUAAAGGAGGUGGAUAUUUACACUGUGAAGCCAGAGGACCUGUCCUUCACCUCAGCCUUCUGUCUGCAGAUCCAGCGCAAUGAUUAUGUUCACGCCCUGGUCACCUAUUUCAACAUCGAGUUCACCAAGUGUCACAAGAAGACUGGCUUCUCCACUGCUCCAGAUGCUGCCAGCACACACUGGAAGCAGACAGUGUUUUACUUAGAGGACUACUUAACAGUCAAGAAGGGAGAGGAGAUCUUUGGCAGUGUUGCUGUCCGUCCCAAUGAGAAGAACGUGCGUGACCUGGAGUUCACCCUGGAGCUGGACUUCAAAGGACAACUUUGUGAGGCCGCCAUUUCCCACGACUAUAAAAUGCGUUAGGAGGACCAACAACCAAUCAACUACCCUCAGCCCUUCGGGACCCACUUGGAGAUGAGGCGGGCAGGGGAGGGGCGCACAGGCUCUCCAACAAGCAUUCCAGUUGGCCAGCGAGGGCGACCAGAUGCAUCUGAUUGGAUGCCAUCAUGCCAGCACCAAAGUGAUGUCAUCAGAAUAGGUAUCUAUCAGCAAUAGUGCCAUCACCUGUACCAACCUGAUCGACUCGGGCACAUCGUUGAAUGUAACAUCCUAAACGAACUUGAUUUAUUUUUCUCUCACUCUCUGGAAAUGUUAUUUUGAGUAUAAAACGAAAAGCAUUUAUGAGUCUUUAUAUUGUCCGUGCAGCUAAUUGAAAAGUAUUGAUCUGCGUGAUGUUGAGAGGGUUACAGCACAGUCAUUAUCCUUUUUUUCCUUCAGUUAUUUAAGAUUUAUUACGCACUGUGUAAUUGUAUAGAGGGUACAGUAAUCAAUUGUGUUUUAUUUUAUUAUUUAUUAUUUGCAUGUGAAAGUUUGUUGCUUCAUUGAUUUCAGAAAGAUGUGAAAUGUAAUUUAUUUCUUUAAUUGAGGAUUAUUCAGAGCAACAGUGCUUUGGUGCCAGAAUAAAACAGGACGAUGCCUCAGUAACAAACACAGAUGCAAUAUGUCAUGUAACACUUUGUUUUGGAGAACAGACAAACAAAGAAUAUGAAAAAAAGAAGAACACGAUGAUGAAUAAAAUGUUAAAGAAUUA